GUCCUCUGAGUGUGCUGAAAAAAGCCAUUUUCUGGCGCUGCUGCAAAUUCUAAGCAACUCCAAAUUAUUUACCUGGAUUUACGUCUAUAUGAAGGGGUAGUUUACAUGUCAAAUCAGAUCCUUCCAGAUGGAUAAAAUGCAACCCAACCGUAUUAAAAUCACAGACCUAAAUCAAAAUCUCAUAUGCCCACUGUGUGUGGGCUACUUCAUAGAUGCCACAACCAUUGUGGAGUGCCUGCACUCAUUUUGUAAGACGUGUAUUGUUACAUUUCUGGAGACAAACAAGUUUUGUCCAAGGUGUGAUGCCCAGGUACACAAGACAUGCCCUCAACUUAGUAUCAGGGCAGAUAAAACUCUACAAGACAUUGUUUAUAAGCUUGUUCCAGGGUUAUUCAAAGAUGAGAUGAAGCGGAGACGGGACUUUUAUGCAGAGAACCGUGUUCUGGAGCCCGGAGAGGUGGUGGAGACCUUUAACAUCGCAGAGGAUGAAAUCAUCAGUCUUUCCAUUCAGUUCUACGAGAAAAACAAAAGUGAGAGACCACCACAACCUUCAGACACAGAUGGCGACAAGUCCAAUGGCAAGCGAUUCCUGCAAUGUCCGGCGGCCAUGUCAGUCAUGCACUUAGCCAAGUUCCUCCGGAGCAAGAUGGACAUUCCCAGCAAUUAUCGGGUCGAGGUCUUGUAUGGAGAUGAACCGCUGAAGGACUACUACACCCUGAUGGACAUUGCCUACUUCUACGAAUGGAGACGAACUGGACCUAUCCCCCUGCAAUACUGGGUCAAACCCACACGGAAACGUCGAAGGCCAUCCCAAGCCGCCGCCCAGGCCCACUCCGACGGCGUGAACACGAGCCACACGUCAGAGAGCGACUCCCCCUGUGACAAGGUUCACAGCCCUGCCACCCUGCCCCCCAGAGCCUCCCCCCUGCCCAGCCCCACGCUCCACGGCCUGCCGCCGCCCCUUCAGAGCCCCAACGGUACAGCCGAGCGACCCAACAGCGCUCAGCGGCUCCCCCUGGCCCCCAAGUUAGGUAGCAACACCCGGAAGGUGACUGUCAACGGCAACGGUUCUGGAGCUGCCACAGAGGAGACGAGAGGAGGGGACAAAGGUUCUUUACCGCCCCCGACUUAAAACAUCCACAUCCAAAAGACUGGGAGGACAAUUACAUUUUUUAAUUGCCCCCGAAAUAUCAGUUGCCCUUCCAAUGGACUACACAAGGAAGCAAGGAGAGGAAGCAGGAGAGGAAGCAAGGAGAGGAAGCUGUUCGUUGUGAGAUACAAAACAGACAACGGUUGUGAUCGGGCCUCAAGACUAAACAGCAGCCAAAUAGACAUUUGUAUAUGUGUGUGAGUGUGUGUGUGUGUGUGUGGUUAUGUGUGUUAGACUAGUACAAAACACACAUACAAAAUGUACAGUAUGUAUCCAAUGUGAGCAUGUGUGCAUACAUAUGUAUAAAGUAUCUUUUUAUACAAGAUAUUGUUAUUGUUUUGUAUUGUAUAUGCAGUAGGGCCUCCCAUUGAUUUGGCUUAAAUAUUAGCUUAGGCAAAUUGCUGAAAGGCAUUGCGAUGCAAAUGACAGCAUUUGAUGACUGAAGGCAAUGUGUUUUGUCUUCUCUUUGCCAGUAUUGUGACAGACUGCCUACACUUUUAAAUGGUUUUAAUGGCCCAAGCUCAUUUCAAGAACAAUACCUAUUAGAUGCACUUUCAUUGAGUAAAAUGCAGACUAAACAGUACACCAUAGAACCUUUUCAUGCGCUUUGCAAUUACAAAAGCAACUGUAAAUUAUUUAAACUUCAAGCACUACAUUUGUCCGAGGGGGUUUGGGGAAAGACUUUCAGUAUGUCCAACUGAAAUCUGAUGUAUUCUUGUUCUUCUCAUGGCAGACAUUUGAAGUCCAAGGGAUUUUAAUAUUCGACCAUGUCAACAGUUGUAUUUCCACAUAUAAUGACAUUCCUGCAGUUUAUUUGGACCAUCUUGCGAUAUUCUACGAUUAUCAGCCAUAUGUGCAUGUUUUAGGUCAUUAAAAUGUUUACUUACUAGG